UUCUUGAACCUUGACAAAUGGUAAUCGUCUCUUGUGCCCUUGUACGUCCACCCACUGCUCUGGCUACAAGACGAGGCAUUUCAUCUAUAAAUCCAUGGCUCAGUCCCUCCAUCUCAAAAAUUUCAAAACUCAUAUCUCUCUGCCUAGAUAUCUCCUUCUUCCUUCCACCUGUACAAGUAGACUCACCAUUUCUAUCACCAUGACGAUCAGCAGCAGUAGUCGCAUGCCUGCUCUUCCAGCUGGUUUCCGUUUCCACCCAACUGACGAGGAGCUCAUCGUUCACUACCUGAUGAACCAGGCUGCCUCCAUACCUUGCUCUGUGCCUAUCAUCGCCGAGGUCAACAUCUACCAGUGCAACCCAUGGGAUCUUCCUGCCAAAGCCAUGUUUGGCGAGAACGAGUGGUACUUCUUCAGCCCAAGGGACCGCAAGUACCCGAACGGCGCUCGGCCGAACCGCGCCGCCGGAUCGGGCUACUGGAAGGCCACCGGCACCGACAAGGCCAUCCUGUCGACUCCGACGAGCGAGAGCAUCGGAGUGAAGAAGGUCCUUGUGUUCUACGGGGGAAAGCCUCCCAAGGGUGUCAAGACAGAUUGGAUCAUGCAUGAGUACCGCCUCACAGGAGCUAACAAGAGCACAAAGCGAAGAGGAUCCUCCAUGAGGUUGGAUGACUGGGUGCUGUGCAGAAUCCACAAGAAGAGCAACAAUUUUCAGUUGUUCUCUGAUCAGGAACAGGAGGGCUCAACUGUGGAGGAAGACUCCCUCGUCAGCAACAUGAAUACUACCGGUGCACCCUCGCCGAAGUCUGAAGCUCGUGGUGAAGAUGAUGAGUCGUUCCGGCCGACGAGCAUGAGCAAGUCGUGCUCGCUGACCGAUCUCCUCGACACCAUCGACUACUCGGCGCUCUCGCAGCUGCUUCUCGACGGCUCAUCAUCUGAUGCCCCAGUUGAUGAGCCACAGCAAAGCCCACUAAUCUACCCAACACCUGCAUGCCAUGCACUUAACUAUAACGUGAACAGCAGCAACAUCAGUAUGCCACCACAAGUAGACGCGUAUUCAGAUUAUAUUGCUAAUUGCAAUGGCGUGAAGAGGAAGAGAAUGAUGACCAUGGAUGGUGCUAACUCCUUCGCCUUCGAUGAUGGCAUCAGCUUCACAAAAAAACUGCAGCUGCCAAGUGAUUCAAGGAGCGGCCAUUUUGGCAGCACAAGCAGCUACUGCAACCAGCAGCUUGUGGAAACAAGUGGUUUUCAGUACAACAGCCUGCUGAGCAAUCCAUUCCUGGAGAUGCAGUAGUGUGCGAACAUUAGUGCACCGAUAUAGAGUGAAUUCAUACAAGUUAAAACUGAAAGUCUCAAACUAUAUGGACAAGCUAGCAGAAAUGACAGAUAAUUCAGAAUUCCACAUAUGAGAUUUAUUAGCUUUUCCUUCUCAUUUUCAUGUAAAUUAGGGGUGUACUGCAAGUCAGGUGGAGAUCAAUGAAUGAUGACCACGUUUCUUGUACUAUGUUGGUAUAUUUAUUCAGCAUGCAUGUGCUGUUUGUAUCCUUAUCCAGUUGGAGAGUGUUGGAUGAAUAUAAUCGACUUGGCUCUCUUGGAAUA